AAGAUGACAGUCUCAGGCUCCUGGUCUGCGGCACCAUGUUGGAUCCCAAGCCUCACUCUGCAAGCCGGAGGUGAAUCCAGGUGAAAGCCAGCUAUCACAGUAGGCGUCAGGAUGACCAAAGCACGGCUCCUCCGUCUCUCUGUGGUGCUGGUCUCCAUCUUCAUGAUCCUCCUGAUCAUUGUUUACUGGGACAAUGUGGGAACGGCUCACUUCUACCUGCAUACGUCCUUCUCCAGACCUCAUUCCCCAGGAGCCAUCCCUGGUAUCACGGCAGGUGAAGACUGGGAAGCCUUGCCAGAUGUGGAUGAAUUUUUGGCAAAGCUGCUUAGUUCGAGCCUGAAACAGAACAGCUCUAUCUCCCGAAAGACAGAGCAGCUACUUGUCCAGGGCUCUAGCAAGCCUGUGGUGAGCAAUUUGGAGGAGAACGUGCGGGGCUAUGACUGGUCUACGCACAAUGCCAGAAACAGCUUGGACCAAGAGAAACUGCAGAUAGAGAGACAGAGAACAUUGCGGGAGUUCUGUGCCAAUUCCAGCUUCGCCUUCCCUACCAAGGACCGCUCCUUUGAUGACAUCCCAAACUAUGAGCUCAACCACCUGAUCGUGGAUGACCGCCACGGCAUCAUCUACUGUUAUGUCCCCAAGGUGGCCUGCACCAACUGGAAACGGGUGAUGAUUGUGCUAAGUGAGAGCCUGCUGGACCAGGGGGUCCCAUACCGGAACCCUCUGGAUAUCCCCCGGGAACACGUCCACAACACCAGCACCCACCUGACCUUCAACAAAUUCUGGCGCCGUUAUGGGAAGUUCUCCCGGCACCUCAUGAAGAUCAAACUGAAGAAGUACACUAAGUUCCUUUUUGUACGAGACCCUUUUGUCCGCCUCAUCUCGGCCUUCCGCAGCAAAUUUGAGCUGGAGAAUGAGGAGUUCUACCGGCGUUUUGCCAUCCCCAUGCUUAAGCUGUACUCCAACCACACCAACCUUCCCACCUCAGUUAGUGAGGCCUUUGGGGCAGGCCUCAAAGUCUCCUUUUCUGACUUCAUCCAGUACUUACUGGAUCCUAGGACAGAGAAGAUGGCCCCCUUCAAUGAGCACUGGAGGCAGGUUUACCGUCUGUGCCAUCCAUGCCAGAUAGACUAUGAUUUCAUCGGGAAGCUGGAGACGCUGGAUGAGGAUGCUGCUUACCUAUUGCAGCUCCUCAAAGUGGACAGGCUGCUUCGUUUCCCCCCCAGCUACCGGAACAGGACUGCCAGCAGCUGGGAAGAUGACUGGUUUGCCAAAAUCCCACUGGCUUGGAGGCAGCAGCUCUACAAGCUUUAUGAAGCAGAUUUUGUACUCUUUGGCUACCCCAAGCCAGAAAACUUGCUUAAAGACUAG